AUGAUCGGUGUUGGAAGUAUGAUUGGAUCCGGCGUUUUUCUUUUGCCUGGACAGCUUGUAGGAGUGGUGGCAGGACCGAUUUCUCUUCUGGCUUUCUUCAUCUCUGGACUGAUUGCUUUGUUAGCUGGGCUGUGCUGCACUGAGUGCGCCUUGCAGAUUCCUGAAACAGGAGCGGCUUACGCGUUCGCGUAUGCGACACUUGGAGAAAUGGUGGCUUUCUUGAUUGGUUGGGGUGGUGUAGCGACGCGAAUCCUUGGGGUUGCUUUAAUAGCGCAAGUUUGGAGUGGCUAUUUAGACGAGGCUACAGGAGGCUACAUACAAAAUGCUACUGUCAAAUUUGUUCUUGGAGGUGAGGAAUGGGAUGCCCCUCUUCUUAGCAGCUAUCCCGAUUUUGUCGCUGGAUUGGUGAUUCUUGCGUCUAAUGCUCUUGUAUCAUUCGGCACGAACGUAUUCUCCAAGGUUAACAAUGUGUUCGUGCUGUCGACCUUAUUAACUCUGACUUUUGUUUUCAUUGUGGCGAUGAUUCACGCAAAUUUCUUUUACCUUGUUGAGCAUGGUUUUGCUCCUCGGGGAGUUGGACUUGAUGAGGUUGUAGCAAGUGUAUUCACUGCUUAUUUAGGCUAUGCUGGGUUCGAAACCAUCGCACUUUGUGCCGAGGAAGCGAAGGAUCAAACGAAGGAUCUCCUGAUGGGACUGUUGGCUGCAGUUGCUAUCAGCAUGCUGGUAUAUUUGGCUGGAUCCCUCUCAAUCACUGUAUUAGCGGAAUACAGCAACAUCGAUCUCAAAUCUCCGUUUGAAGCGGUAUUUGACGAACUUGAUGGUUUACACUGGAUGAAGUACAUUGUAGCUAUCAGCGCACUGUGCAGUGUAACGGGCGGAGCUCUUAACUUCGCUUACAGUUCGACUCGCUUCAUUUAUCCAAUGUCAAGGGACGGCCUUCUGCCCGCCAUGUUGUCCAAGACCAGUGAGACGACAAAGACACCCUUGCUGGCUAACUUUCUUGGGGCAUGCCUUUCAUUAGUUCUAGGCGUGCUUAUUGAUAUCAAAUUUUUAAUUCAGGUACCGUCUAUGCUAUUUACGCUGGAGACGGUCGGCGUUAUAUUUGCGGCAGUCAUUCUGCGUUACAAUCCCACUCUACAAAGUGAAUACAUGGAAGUGGAAAGCAAAGAUGAAAGUUGUGGCACUGGAGGUUCGUCUGUACCACAUGUAAAUCGACACCACAGUAACCUAGAAAUGAAGGGUUUGCUGGAUCAAAUGCAGGAAACCUUUACUGGUGACAAUAACGCUGGAAGCGAUCCCCCAUCGCCUCCAUCUUUGAUCAAGAAGGCCUCAACUGUCCUCUUUCAGUGGAUCAGAAAUCAUCCAACUAGAUCUGUGAUCCUGUCUUUAUGCUUGCAUAUCACCUUUGAAUUCCUCUUUGUGGGAUUGCUAACCUUCACUCUGGAGGACUUUUCACAAGCCAGUGACUCUUCUUUAGUACUAUGGAUUGUCAUCUGCGGUGUUCUGUGUCUCAUCGCAUGCUUUCCCUUAUUGCUUCUCCCGCAAUAUAGGGACGAACUCCCUUUUAAGGUGCCAUUGAUGCCAUUCUUACCGCUGAUCGGCUUGCUGUCUACCACCAUACUCUUGCUACACUUUGACUUCCUGGCCUUCAUUCAAGUCCUCGUGUGGACAUGUUUAGGAAUACUCGUGUACUUCACAUAUGGCAUGAAGCACAGCGUUGAAGGAGCACGACAAGAUGGCCAUUAAAAUUAACAGUGACUUGAAACGAUGCCUCCAACAACAAAUUCUUUACAGAUAAUAGAGAUAUGAUUCAACUGGAAAUUAUUUCUUCUCUGUAAAAUAAGUAUAUCUUUAUUACCCUACUGGAAUUAAGGUCAAUUAUUAAUGUAUAUUUAUAAAAUCUAUGUCUGAAAUAUUUUAUUUCGGAAAUAUGUACAUACAGGAAUCUCUGUUUUCUUUUCGGUCUCGCAGAUGUGGAUAACGGAAUACAUAACUAAGUUGAAAAAUCCCUCAAUUGAAACUGCACUCCGUGUGCUGAUUUCUUAUUUGCAACUAUUGCCUUCCAGAAAGACAAUUAAAGACGUAUGUUUGACCAAGUUCAUCAUUUAAAUUACACACAUUAACUCCACAGGAAGUGUCUGCAUAUUGGUAGUAUUUUUGGCAGGUGGAGGGUUCUUCAAACUGUUUCCUUUCAAAUCAAAUUGGCUGGUGUUUACAUCUUAAAAUCAAUCACACAUUCGUAUUCUUUGUAGGGUAGUACUAUAAAGGUCUGUAUAUUUCAGAGCAAAAUCGGGUAUUAUAACUUCUACACCACAUAAAGCAUUUUUUUAAAUUUAGGAGCAAUUACAUUUUAACAAGUAACGAUAACAGGUUGAAAGAACUUUAUUCUCCUGUGCCAUCCACUGUUCCAGAAACGUUCUAAACAAUAGGCUAGAGGGCGCUAUGACUGUUCCAAAAGGGCGAGUUUUGAACUAACAACGUCAAAAAUCAAAAGCAAACCACAAAGCAGGAUUGCCAAAUGCCUGUGAUAUUUAAAUUGUAAACCAAGUAUAGCCAGGACACGAGCCCAUGUUAAACAGGCUGAUUUAUUCAUUGGAACAGUUUCAUGUUAAUGAAAGCAUCUUUUUAAAAGGAAAAUUGGCGCGUAUUUAUUGGUUAAGGAAUACUGAAUAAUGCUUAUAAGAUUUCAAUUUGCUUAAAAAAAGAAGGGCCGAUUAGAAUUGAUACCAACCUAAUCAAUGAUGUAACAAAAGUCUUCCUCAGUAAAAAACUAAGAAUUCAUGGGGGGGGGGCAAGGCAGCAAUCCCAUUGCACUGGUCGAUUUGCUUUUGUUACAGCCUUAUGCACAUCUUUCUUAGGAACAAAAAUACUUUACAUUUAAAAGCAAGUACAAGCCUCAGGAGUCCCUCGGGUGGAGGGAACUAUUGAUUACGACAACACUACCAGCUGUUAGGGAUUUAGGUGCUGGAAUAAUUAUACAAGAUAUCCACCCUGCCUUAGAAGAUAUAAGUAUCCUGCAACUAACACCAGCUGGAAACAAUGCGUUUUGCGAGGUGUCCAAAAUGGGGUUGUUUAUUCUCCCAAAAACUCUAGACGCUCUAUUUGGGCAAGUAGAAUGUACAUGUUUACCCUAGGUGAUAUUUAAAACAUUUUCAGUGGAUAUUUUCGUGGGAACAUGCUGAAUGUGAUCACAGUUAUGAACAAUAUUUGUAUAUAAUGUAACUAAGCUUCGAAGUUUGUUUCAAGAUCCCCCCAAUUUAAAAAAGAGAUGAUGUACACAUGCCUACAGCUACUACAAACUAUUGCACGUCAUUGAGAAUUUGAUAUGACCGGAUUCCUCUUGUUGAGAUAUUUCAACUGUGAUNAGUGUAAGGGACUGUGAUAUAGCAUUAUUUUGGCGAAACUUGAUAUGCUCUAAUUGCCGGCGGAGGGCCUCUCGUGGAGCGCCUUGACCUGCUCGUUUGUUAGUUUGUUACAUUUUGCGCACGUACGCACAAAACACAUAAAAAGUACAUGUAUAACAAUUACCUCGAAACUAGCCAACCCUUCCUGGGCAUGGUAAAAAAAAAAACAGGAGCCCAAACUAGAUGCCAAUUUCCGGUGCGCUAACCUUUCGUACUAGUGUGGAGUUGUGAACAAAAGACGUCCACACGAUGCAGGAAGGAAAGACGUUCUGUGGACCUACCCAUGUCCACCGGAAGUUUUACAUUCUCUGAAAAAGAGGUUUAAAGGCAUUUGAGGGUUAGAGUCAUCCGUCGUAAAAGGAGAUGAAUAGUGAAAUUCAGCCGAAAAUUGUGUUUCCCUGUUCAAGAAAAUGAGACCUUUAAUCGAUUGUUUUAAUUUAAGUGCAAGAAAACAAAAUAAUGUUCACACUAGGUAAGUAAUGUAAGUGUGGGUGUGUGUGCAGGCGUGGAUACAUAGUGUGGACAUCUGCACCAAAGAGGUCCACAUAAUGUGGGGUGCAAUGACGUUGUGUGUACUUGUGUGCAAGCGUUUCAUACAUAGUUUGGACUUCUGCAUAAAAAGUCCAAAUAAUGCAGGUGCGAUGGCGUAGUGUGCACUCUCACAUGCCCACACAAUGUUUUGCCCUUCUCUGAAAAACAGUUUCAAAGGCACUUUAGGGUCAGGGUUAUUAGUGGCAAAAUGAAAAGAAACAAUCCAGGA